CACACACACAACAAUUGUUAGUGCUCAUCGUUGCCCAGUCAUAUUUCAUUCAAUCAAAAGUCAAACUCUCUCCUCUUUGACCAUCCUCCUCUCAAAAUCAAAUCCAAUUCCAUUCAUUUCAUGGCUCCUACUAAAGUAUAUAUCGUGUACUACUCUAUGUAUGGACAUGUAGAGAAGCUAGCUGAAGAGAUAAAAAAAGGAGCUGCAUCCGUUGAAGGAGUUGAAGCCAAAUUAUGGCAGGUCCCAGAAACAUUGCACGAAGAGGUUCUUGGAAAAAUGAGUGCACCUCCUAAGAGCGACACACCAAUAAUUACACCAAAUGACCUUCCUGAAGCUGAUGGAUUUGUUUUCGGGUUUCCCACAAGAUUCGGUAUGAUGUCUGCUCAGUUCAAAGCCUUUUUUGAUUCCACUGGUGGUCUUUGGAGAACCCAGUCACUCGCUGGCAAGCCUGCUGGCAUCUUCUACAGCACUGGAUCUCAAGGUGGCGGUCAAGAAACUACCGCUUUGACCGCAAUCACUCAACUGGUUCACCAUGGGAUGAUCUUUGUGCCAAUUGGAUACACAUUUGGAGCUGGCAUGUUUGAAAUGGAGAAAGUGAAAGGUGGAAGUCCUUAUGGCGCAGGAACCUAUGCUGGCGAUGGAUCUAGACAGCCGUCUGAGCUUGAGCUGGCACAGGCAUUCCACCAGGGCAAGUACAUUGCCACCAUUGCCAAGAAACUCAAGGGAGCCGAGUAAUUUACCCUCUAAAGAUACAAAAACCAUACCGUAUGUCAAGAAGGUUUACAUUGUUUUCUAUAAUUAUAUAACUCUAUUUCUAUGUGAUUGCAAAAAAAGGUGGUUGGUUGUUCUUUUAAAUACAAAUUUGUAUGCAUUUUGGUUGUUAAA